GUGGACUGAGCCACCUCAUUCAUCUGCAGUAUGGCGGCGCCGGGCAGCGGCGUCCUGUGCCUCUUCGAUGUGGACGGGACCUUGACCGCCCCCAGGCAGAAAAUUACAGCAGAAAUGGCAGAUUUUCUGCAGAAGCUGCGGAAGAAGGUGAGAGUUGGAGUUGUAGGUGGUUCAGACUUUGACAAAGUUCAAGAGCAGUUGGGAGAUGAUGUGGUUGAAAAAUUUGACUACGUCUUUCCAGAAAAUGGUCUUGUAGCAUACAAAGAUGGGAAAUUUUUGUGCAAGCAGAGCAUUCAAAGUCACCUGGGUGAGGACCUGCUUCAAGAUCUAAUCAACUAUUGUCUGAGUUACAUUGCAAAGAUUAAACUGCCAAAGAAAAGGGGUACUUUUAUUGAGUUCCGAAAUGGGAUGCUGAAUGUCUCCCCUGUUGGGAGAAGCUGCAGCCAGGAAGAGCGAAUUGAGUUCUAUGAACUUGAUAAAAGGGAACAUAUAAGAGAGAAAUUUGUAGCUGAUUUACAAAGAGAAUUUGCAGGAAAAGGCCUCACAUUUUCUAUAGGCUAUUCAAAUGGAUUUGUUUCUCAGUGAUUAGAAUUCUUACCUGAAAAUCUUUCUUGUGUUUGAAAGCAUCUUUCCAGAAGAUGGUAUGCACUGAGUCAUAUAGGUUCCUUCCAAUGCUGAGGGAUUAUCUCAGUGGAUGAGUUUAAUUGUAUAUCUAUAAGUUCUCAAGCAUAAACAUUUCUACUCAGCAUUAUACAGUCCCUGAUAUAUGGUGUCCCUGAAAAUGGUCAUUGUUUUUGUAGAGGUGAUGGGGAUUCUGGCAUUGGCUCCAUUCAGAAUGAAUUGGUUCAAACCAUAAAGUGAUAACCUGACAGUCCUCAUUAAUACAAAAAAACUUAAUUUACACUCAUUUUCUGCUGAAUUGGUUGCAAAGUUGGUGUCAGGGAGAGUAGCUGACACACCCCUAGCACACAUUCAGACACACUUGUAGAGCUUGAUUCCCACUGGGGACUGGUCUACACUUGAAAAUUAGGUCGAUUUAACUGCAUCGGUCAUGGUGUGAAAAAUCAACACCUCUGAGCGAUGUAGUUAAGCCUGCCCACAUCCCUGUGUAGACAGCAUUACACAGAAUUCUUCCAUCAGCUUAGCUACUACCUCUUGGAAAGGUGGAUUACCUAUGCUGAUGGGAGAAUCCCUUCUGUUGGCAUAGAUAAUGUCUACACAGAAAUGCUGCAGCAAGCCUGUAAGCAAGCCUGAGAAGCUUCUACGGGCUGGGAAAAAAGGGGACCAAUGGAGUAAAGGCUUCACUUACCUUUUCUUUAAUAUCUGAAUCUGCCAAGCCUGAAACCCUUUCUGCUGUGUAGAACAAGGGUGUGGCAUGAUCUGCUUUCACUCAGAAGCGGGCACUUGAACUUCAAACAUUUAUUUUUAAAUUUUUUGAGAGAUGUCUGAAUUGAAGUUUGGUCCUAGUAGAUGCAUGAUACCGUGGACAGGAAGAAAUCUAAACCUUUAAAAAUCAGUUUAAUGUGGGACCACACACACUAACAUCCCUUAGUCAAAAUCCUAUGGUCUUGCAUCCUGUGGGUCCAGGCCAGGGUUGGGUUGGGUUGGGUGUGCUAAAGAUGUUUGGAUUUCUUUUAAAUGUAAACAUCUGAAUAUCCUGAGUAGAACAUUUGGGUUGGUAACAAUUGUAAUAUCCCUGUAAUGUGUUUUACACUAAAGUCUUGAUGUGCUCUCUCAUCCUUAACUCCAUUUCAUUGUAGUUUUUGUCUCGGACUUGUUCAGUUUCCUCUAUCGGAAUCUGCUUCAGUGGAGUUCAGCCUCCGUCAUUCUCCCUCCAUAAAAGCAGAGUUCCUUCCCCCUGCCCCUUAACACUUGCCUCUUUUCUACCUUUU